AUUUUGUUCAUAGAAUCUUUAAUAGAAGCAGAAGAAAAAGUCCUUACUGCACAAUACACAUCAGACAUAUCUGACGGUUCUUCGACAAAACAACAUAAACGCAAAAGAGAAAUUGAUUCAAUCAAGUUCACUCAUGAAACUGGUCACUCUAAUAUCAUAAGAACUAAAAAGGGCAAAAUUAGUACUUCAGAUGAUACUAAGCAUUCAAAAUUAAAAACUAAAGUAUAUAAAUCAAAAGCUUUAUUGACAAAAGUACAAUCAUCAGAAUCAGAUGACAAUAUGUCAGACAUCUGUAAGCAUUUCAUUAUAUUUCAAUUAAAUACCUUUGUGGUAAUUUUCUUAAGUAUACCUUUAUUGAUUCAUCAUAAAUUAAUUGUUCUUUAGGUUAUUUGU